UUGAUAACAUCCUGAAAUGUUGAGUGGGCAAGAAGAAAACUGACUUGUUGGCUUUGUAAGAAAAACUUGAAACUAGCAUCCUUGUACGGUUAAAGAAGUCAGCUAUGCGCAGCUACCAAGAUGUGCUCCUUCAAUAGAUGUUUUGAGGUUGUGUCCACCUUCUUCCAGAGAAUAUUUGAAAAGAUCGGUGUUUUCAUUGGCACCUACCCAGUUGUGCUGAUAGUUACCUCAAUUUUAGUAACCCUUUUUCUCAGCUGCGGUAUGAUAACAUUGUCCAACGAGACUGACACAGAGACCCUGUACACGCCCAUUAACAGCAGAGCAUCACAAGACAGAGUUCAGUACCAGGCCACGUUCCCAGACGCCACGGGAAGCAACUACCGAGGACAUGCACUUACGGCUCUUGACAUGUAUGGCCGAUUGUUGAUAAGCAGCACGACUGAUGGGAACAUCCUGUCCAAUGCAUCCAUGCAAGAAAUACGGAACCAUAUAAGCACAAUAAAAGAUAUCAGUGUUACAUAUGAGGGAGUGAUGAUCAAGUAUGAUGAUGUCUGUGCUCGACAAAAUGGGAGUUGUUUUGCUUCAGGAGAAUUUCUCACAACAGAUGCUGUAUAUAAUGCUUAUCUGUCUGGUGGAAUCACCUACCCAAACUGGAAUAACAUAGACAUAUCAGCAUUUCUUGGACAGGUUAAUUAUACAGGUGGAACAGUGGUAUCAGCAAAGUACCUGAGUGUCACGUUUAAUUUACGAAUGGACUCAACGGUUAACAAGGCAAAAGCAAGAGCGUGGGAAGAAGCGUUCCUGAAGAGAGCAGCAAGUUUAAACACAACAUCUACAAGGAUAAACUAUGCUGCCUCCCAUUCACUAGACACAGAGUUGAACAAAAACACAAACGGAGACAUCGUGUUCUUCUCUAUAACCUUCACGUUGAUGAUCACGUAUGCCACUGUCGUCGCCGGAGGUGAUGCGGUGUCAUCGAGGACGUGGGCAUCAUGGGCUGGCGUUCUUGCUGCUGGAUUUGGCAUAUUGUCUUCAUUUGGACUUGUUAGCCUUUGUGGUGUCAAGUUUGUCAAUAUCGUUGGUGUAACACCAUUUCUGAUCAUAGGUAUCGGUGUGGACGACAUGUUCCUGUUGAUGUCCAGUUGGGCGGAGACCUACCCACACCGAGACAAGUCCGUCGCCAGUAGGAUGGGAAUGACCUUUGCCUCAGCGGGUAUCGGUAUCACCAUCACGUCCCUCACUGAUCUUCUGGCCUUCUUAACUGGCGUGUCUUCUGUGUUUCUCAGUGUGAGGAAUUUCUGUCUCUAUACAGGAGUGGCCGUCAUCUUCUGCUACCUGUACCAGUGCCUCCUCUUCUCCCCCUGCCUUGCCAUCCAUGGCCGUCGGGUUGACAGUAACAGACACUGCAUGACCUGCCUCAAAACCAAAUCCGGAGCCAAACUCAGGAAAGAUGGCGCCUCCACCUGUAGAGUGUUAUGCUGUGGUGGUUCACCACCAACAAAAAGAGGUCAGGAUGAACGAUUCUUUGAGACACUGCCACGAAAGUACUUGCCACGAAUGUUGCUGAGUGUGUGGGGGAAGGUAAUUGUGAUUGUGCUAUUCUUGGCCUACCUUGGAGUGUCAAUAUGGGGAACAUUGAACUUCAAACAAGGUUUGAUUCUGAAGAACCUGGUCUCCACAGAUUCAUACUAUCAUUCCUAUAGUGAGAUAUAUGAUGCAUACUUCUCAAGUGCUUUCCCUGUCCCGUUUGUAUUUGGCCCAACCACAAAUUACACAGACAAGAAUACUGUAGAUAAUAUCAAGACUCUGAUCACUAGUGCAAAUACAGACUCUGGAGUAGAUGAGAAUUCGCUCAUUUGCUGGUUCAAUUCAUAUAAAUCAGCAACUGCUUAUGAUAACAGCAGCACUACAGCUUUUGUAUCGGGAUUGAAAACAUUUUUUACAACAACCACAUUAUUUGAUAACGAUGUUGUAUUUGACGCAACUGAUACUGAUAUCAAAGCUUCCCGAUGUUAUCUUUUAUCAACAAAUAUUAAAGAAUCCAAUGCUCAAUCUGAUGUUAUGGUUCGAAUGCGAGCUCUGGCAGACAACUCACCUCUCUCUGUCUACACCUUCCACCCAGCCUAUAUCUUCUUUGAGCAGUAUGCUGCCAUCCUACCCAGUACACUACAAACUGUUGGUCUGGCACUGGUCGUCAUGACUGUGGUCACCUGCAUCUUUCUUCCUCAUCCUCUUCUGGUUUUCCUUGUCGUCCUGAACGUCGUUUCUAUCCUCGUUGGCAUAUUCGGGUUCCUUUAUAUCUGGGGACUGAGUCUCAGCUCAGUGACAAUGAUCCAUCUCAUCAUGUCUGUCGGCUUCUCGGUGGACUUCAGUGUGCACGUGUGCUCUGCCUAUAUGAUUGGAGAAGGAAGAAACAGGGGAGAGAAAACCGAAUCUGCCAUUGUCCAUGCAGCUGGUCCCAUAUUAAACGGUGGAAUGUCAUCCUUUCUCGGCAUUCUUGUGCUUGUGUUUUCAAAGUCCUACAUCUUCAACUCCUUCUUCAAGAUCAUGUUAACAGUGAUCCUGUUCGGCAUGCUGCAUGCUGUGUUCCUCCUCCCUGUGAUACUCUCCAUCCUUGGCCCUGUAACCAAGUCUUUCAGAACUUCUGCAAGCUCACGUAGCAACAGCCGCCCACCAUCACCUCCCAUAGACUACAUGUAACAAAGACCGCUGCUGUCAUUGUUUUUUCUGAACAUUAUUGUAUGAGUUCAUUUCAGAAUUAACAUAUUAACAUAUGUUAAUAGGCAUACACCUCAAGCCAUUAUUCACUGUCCUCCCCUAAACACACACACACACCUACAAUGAAAUGUUGCUCUGAUAUCCAAUGAGGUGUACAUUCACAAUACUAGUAUUUGAUAAAGAGAUAUAAUGUAUUGACCUUGUAAAUUAUGUUAAAAACAUAACCUCAGUAAUAAAGAGAAAGAGUACAUAACCUGAAAAAUACAUUUAAAUAAAACGAGAUAUGCUGUAAUAAUACUUUGUAGUGUAGUGUAAUAUUUAGGUGACUCGAAGCCAUAUCGAGAUAUUCUUGAGAUACAUUUUAUUGUCGGAAUGCUUUAGUGAUACGAGGUGUUAGUGUGAAGGUAAGCGUAUCCUACCCCACCUAUGGCAGAAACAUGCAAAAGCAAGCCAGUUGUCGUCUUCGUAGAAAGAGCUUGCUCAAUUGUACCUCGAUUGUACCUCGAUUGUACCAAAGACUGGAGCUGCUGGAAUAUUGUUCGACAUAAAGGGACACAAAUCUUACGGCACCAUAUGGCGUAACACUAGUCAUACCUUUUAGAGUGCAGUUGCGUUUUUAGUGGGGUUAGAACAUGGAAUUUACCACUAAGUUCCAUGCAAUUUGAAGCCUGAUUUCAGUGCAGUCCAAAAUCACCCUUGCUGAUUUGAAUGUCAACUGAAAUUCGUGGGGCAUGUAAUUAUCCACCUGCACUCAACCAUCCCUAAAGCAAAGUACAAGAAAUUGUCCAAGGUGACGAUUUAUUUGCUGAUGAAUAGUUCCUAAAUGAGAAGCAUACUGAGUGGAAUUCCUGCAAGAAAGGUAUUAUCUGAACAUCCAUAAUAUUUUAUGCAUACUUUACAAGUUUGAAAGUCUAAAGAUAUUUUGAAAGAGUACUAUUCUUUAAAGGAGGCGUAACUUUUCCUAUAUGUUGAGCAAUGUUCCUGCAGCUCCAGCCCUCGGUGUCUUCAUUUCACAACUUUUGAGGAACAAUCGAGCAUGCUCUUUGUACCAAGAUUUCAAAGAGCGUCAUAUGAAUCUUGCUCAGAAGCUGUUUGAUCAAGGUUACAACAUUCCAGGCCUCUGUAAAGCUUUCAAAUUAUAUUUUACUGUGGACAUGUGGACAAUUAACUUGCCUUUGCAUGUGUUUGUGAUGAAUAAAAUAGUAUGUUGUUCCAUAAAAUGCAUUUCCCACUCUUUUAUUAGCAUACUGAGUGUGAGUGAGUGAGUAUGGUUUUACGACGCUUUUAACAAUAUUCCAGCAAUAUCACGGCGGGGGACACCAGUAAUGUGCUUCACACAUUGUACCCAUGUCGGGAAUCGAACCCGGGUCUUCGGCAUGACGAGCGAACGCUUUAACCACUAGGCUACCCGAACGCCCCAUUAGCUUUUUGUGAUCAAUGUGACCUUAAUUGCAACUUUUGUGUUGAUGUGAUCAUUAGUUAACUGUAGUAAUUAUAUAAGUUUGUUUGUGGUUUUACGCAGCACCCAGCAAAAUGACGGCGGUCUGUAAAUAAUCGAGUCUGGACCAGACAAUCCAGUGAUUGAUGUGAUGAGCAUCGAUCC